AUGGCUCCGCGCGCAAGGCGUGGCGAGGCCGCUGCCGAGCCGCAAGCUUUUCAUGAGCUUGGAGUUCGUGGUCGCAAAACCGGCGUCUUCCUUCCCGAUGGCGGCGAGCGUGACGAGCAUGGCAUGCAACCCCUCGACGCCAUCUUCUCAUCCCCCAACAAGGCCGCCGCCUCUACAAAUGGCGUCGAGGAUAGCUCGGGCAGCGAGGAUAUGGAUAUUGCGUCAAGUGCUGGGCCUGGACCCCGAACGCUCCUUAAGAAUCAGCGCAGCCUCAAGUUCCCCCUGCCCAGGAGUCGCUCCCCGGCGAAGACGAACUUGGCUUCCCCGGCGCGUAAGAACCCGCUCGUGGGGCAGCUGUCUUCCUUGGCCCGACGCUCUGCCGCAGAGGAUCGCGACGUCACCGUCACUCGAAAGCUCGACUUUGACGCCAAGACCGCCAGGUCUGCGGCCGGGAGCGCCAGGGCUAAGACGAACGGCGUCAACGGCAAGAGACGAGCCAACGUGCAAGAGGACGGUGGCGACGACGACGACGAAGUCCUGGGGGACAGCGCGCAUAUCAAUUUCGAUGAAAUGGUUGAGCAGUCGAUUCAGAUGGUUGACGCUAUGGGCGGCGACGACGAAGAUCCUCCUUUCAGUCCCAGGGGAGCACCCGAUGAGGAGGAUCGGGAUAACCGGUCCGACGAGGACGCACCCGCCGUCUCACCCAUCGCAAGAAGGCCACCACCGCAUUCGGAACGCAAAGAAUCGAAGAAACGAAGAUCACUUCGAUCCUCGGCUGGCGGUACCGGUCAUACCGAAUCACCACCGCCCGCAGAAUUGCAGGAAGAGGACGAGGAACCCAGGCGGCACAAGCGGCAACGCAUCCAGCCGCCGCCUGGCCCUCCAGCAGCGGCACCGUCGGCGAAAAGAGCAGCGCCUGCCGUCGCUGCGUCAAAGGCGAAGGCGAAGGCGAAGGCGAUACCGAUAAAUGGCGGCAAGCCCAAUACCAUGAAAAAGGCGAAGUCACAAGGCCAGCCGCUUGCGCGAAAGACAAAGGCUCAAAUCGCAAAAUCCGAUGCCGCCUUGGACACGGGAGAGGCAUCCUUUGUCGCUUUGCAACGCGGCCCGCCACUGCCCAAAUCGCGCGGCCUCGUCACUGUCCGCGGUGGCGGUGAGACGAUGACGCAGACGAGAUCAGGCCGACACUCCUUCAAGCCCGUCGAGUACUGGCGCGGCGAGCAGAUAAUACGGGAAGAGGAGGAGCAGGCAGACAUGUUCUACAAAGACGACUUCGUCCUGCCCACCAUCAAGGAGGUCGUCCGCGUCGAGAGGGAAUUGCCGCCGCCGCCGAAGCGCGCGACCCGAGGCAAGGGGCGGCCGCCAUCCAAGGCGAAGCAACGGCAAAACACCAUCGUGGAGGACGAUGAGGAGCUCGAGGAGUGGGAGUACAACCCUGGCACCGUCACCGGCGAGAUCGUCCUAUGGGAGCCCGAGCACGAGCAAGAGCCGCCGGCGGACGACGAACCCGUCCAGGUCAUGGACGACCGCAUCGCCAUCUCGGCCGACGCCAUCCAAACGUCCGACAUCAAGGAUGCUACCUUCCGGUUUGCCAAAACGCUGACGAUGCCCUUCAUGGGCGCCGGUGUCGUCGACCUGCCACCCGGCGCCGAGAAGCGGCCCAAGAACUCGCGCAAGAUGCACAUGGUCUUCUUCGUUCACUAUGGCAAGGUCCUCGUCACCAUCAACGAAGCCCAGUUCCGCAUAUCCGCCGGCGGUACCUGGUUCGUUCCCCGAGGCAACUUCUAUAGCAUCACGAACGACUACGAUAAUCCCAGCCGGAUAUUUUUCGCGCAGGCUUGCGAGAUCAUGGCGCCUCGUCCCGACGAAGCCGAGGAGGAGCCCACCGUCCCGCUAGCCUACUAA